UGACGUAUAAUUACCAGCCAAUAGCGAUGUUUCCCCUGAAAACCCGCCAAAUCCUGUCAUCAGCAGCUGGCGAUUGUUGUUAUUAGUGAGCGGCCACAUUGCCCUCAUCUCCCGCUCAGUGGCGCACAAUGGCCGGCCUGUUGGAGAGCUGCGAGCGCCACUUCGGCAGCUCUGACCUCUACACGGUGUUGGGAGUACGCAAGACUGCCCGGGAACCAGAGAUACGCCGCGGCUACCACAAGACCUCUCUGCAGGUGCAUCCCGACCGGGUCCCGGAAAGUGAGAAGGCGGAGGCCACGCUAAAGUUCCAGAUACUUGGGAAAGUUUAUUCCAUUCUCAAUGACAAGGACCAGCGAGCUUUGUAUGAUGAGCAGGGAAUUGUUGAUGAGGAGUCCGAUACUGUCUGUCAAGACCGUAACUGGGAAGAGUAUUGGGGCUUACUGUUUAAGAAGAUAACUGUGGAAGAUAUAAAAGCAUAUGAAGAAAAGUACAAAGGAUCAGACGAGGAGAAGGCAGAUAUCAUACAAGCCUAUUUAGACUAUGAAGGAGACAUGGAUGGCAUAAUGGUGCAAAUACCACUUGCUACUUUUGAGGAUGAACCAAGGAUCAGAGAACUUAUUCAGACAGCCAUUAAAAAAAAGGAGGUACAAGCUUAUGAUGCUUUUGUGAAGGAGUCCAAGAAGAAACGCGAACGGCGCCUGAAAAGGGCUCAUGAAGAAGCUAAAGAAGCUGAAGAAUUGAUGAAGGAAAGGGGGCUUGGUGAUGGAGAAAACGACUUAAAAGCUUUGAUUCAAAAUAGACAAAAAGAUCGAGAAAAGGAACUUGAUGGUUUCAUGGCACAGUUGGAAGCAAAGUACUGCAUCAAUAAACCCAAAAAAGGAGGAAAGCCCACAGCUAAGCGAGGAAAAAAGUGAAAGUUAUGUGGCCAUGAACCCAGAAGUGGUUCUAAUGUACAAUAAAUGUCAAUUUGUCUUCUGUUAUUGGAACAAAUAGCUCUUUUCCAUCAUGUCUUGUUUAUUUGCUGUGGUGGUAAAAUAUUAUACUGGAUGUAGCCUAUGGAUGAUUAGUGCAGGCACCAGACAGACAACUUGAUUUUUCAGUCCACAUGCUUGUAUGUCCUGUAAACUAAACACUCAAAUUUAGAACAACUGGAAAACGUGAGAUCUGUAGGGUGUUCUGGUGCUUGGGUUAUAGAUGGUUUCAAUAUUAUGUCAUAUGUAAAGAAUAAAACGGAAUACAUAUGUAAUACAUUGGCCUUGGAUUAACUGUAGUGCACACUGUAGAGUGAUGUAUUAAGAUCGUUUUAGUCCAAGAUUCUAAAGUAUUGUAUUUCUUUCCUAUGCCAAUGCGACACCCCCAAAAUGUUACAGCUACCGCAUUUCUCCAACUAUGACAGAAUUCUGACCAAGAUGAAUUUUUUGUCAUAAUUUAAGUUCUGCUAAACUGUGGACCGACCAACCUGCAUCACUGCAGCUUCUUGUUAGCUAGGAAAAAGUAGUUUCAGAACCUGCUGUAAAAACAACCCAUGCAUAUUUAAUGCUACCACAGUAUUCGUAACAUUUAAAGUAAACUGGCAUAUUGCCCCAAAAAAAUCUCCUUCCUUGAGUUCUUAUAAAAAAACUUUCCAUAAACAAAAAUAAUUUGGUGCAUAAAUCUAUGGGGAUUUCAAUUAGGUGCAAAAAAAUUGAUCUUGGCAAUUUUCCUCCCUGCUCAUAUCUCUCACUUGUGGUGUGUUUUUUUUGUUUUUGUUUUAAUUUUUUUUUUUGGGGGGGGGGGGGGGACCAAUUUGGUAGCCUGGAGAGGGAAAAAUUCUCCUGAAAACACAUAGGUGAGCAGAUUGUGAUGAAACCUGUGUGUUUUAGCUAGAAAUGUCUGUUUUCGGCCAAAAAAGGGUCUGUUUUCUGGGAUUUGGUUUAGCAUACCGGAGGCAGGUGAAUCAAAAUCCCUGAAGCUGUGGCUUGUGCCAGCUUAUUGAGGCUAAUUAAAUAGCCCCCUAUUUCUGCCAAUGCCAUCCAUUUUGGAAUCCCUUAACGGUUACUAAAAGAAAGUAGUUAUGGUACAACCUUUUAUUUAGUCAUUUGUAAAUUUCUUGUAGGUCUUCAUUGUUCAGCAUACUAAAUGUCCUUUUUUUUUAAUAGAAGUUAUUUAUUUUAACAUAAGUAUAUUAAGUGAUAAUAAAACCGCAUUGUUAUAAACUAGUCUGUUUCUGCAAUUUGGAGAUUUUAAAAUAAAAAUACCUAUCUGGUACUUUUUGAAAACUUUCCCUUACAACUGCAGAAAAUGUGAUGUGGCUCAUAAUUGCUAAUCAGGUGUCUACUUUCACAUCUCUUAGAAACCAUAGUACAAUAGUUAAUAAAUGGUUGGUAUGGGUGGGAUCAGUACAAAAUCCCGCCAGAAGGGAUUCCGGCAGUUGGAAUACAGACACCGGGAUCCUGACUGGCACAAUCCCGACAGGGGGGUGAGUGCAACGCAGCCCCUUGCAGGCUCGCCACACUAACUUACUCUCCCUUUAUGGGUGUCGUGGACACCCACAGAGGGAUAAUGUUGGGAUUGUGCCGGUCGGGUAUUUUGACCGCCGGGUUUCUGUCUGGCGGGAUCUUGACCGCAUCCCGUAUGGGCUAUACCUUUUGUACUACACUGCUCUCUGCAGAGGUGUUUUUUCAUAGCUGUCCCUCAAUAUCUUCAGUCAAGUAAGACUACAAUAUGUUCUCUGUAUGGUUUGUACAUUGCAUUUCAAUAAAGAUUUAUUCCACACCAAA